AUUAGUCAGUGAACUAGCACGCUUUAGAGUUCUUUACUUUCAACCUUAUAUAUUUGCAUUAAUAAUGUCGCUGGUCUACAUCACCCAUCACGAUGAGAACAUUCUCGGGUGUGAGCAGGAGUUUGAGAAGGCCCAAGGACCCAAGGAAUCCAUUUUUGUGUACAAAAAUCCUGUUGUGGAGAGGGCUGCCAAGUAUGCCAGGAAACUACGCGAUCGCUUGAAUGAGGAGGACAAGAAGCUAUCGGUUGUCCUGCAGAACGAUGGCACUCGCGUCCUCACCGAAGCCAAGAAAUCAUUGCAUCGCUCCAUGGGCUGUGCCCACACCCCGAUUGACCCACCGUGCGCCUAUCUGCGCAAGAACCAAGGCAUCAAGUGGCGGCGCGAAAACACCCACAAGUGUCCCAAAAUGCCGCCAAUGCCCCCACUACCUCCACCGGGCAGUGGCGGGCGUAAGUCGAACAUGGCGCCCAAUUUCAUCAAACGGAACAAGAUGUGCGCCGGGCAGACCGUUCCCUGUCCCCCGCCACCUCGCUUCAUAGACACCCCCGGGGGCACUCGUCAAAAUCUACUCAAUUCCGGAUUGAUUCCGCAGUUUAUAUGCCGCAAGGAUUUCGGCAAGGUGCCGGUGUAUCUCAAGAAAACCAAGAGGAUGCUGGCCGACAUGAAUGCGGUGUGUGCCAAGGAGCAGGCACGUUUGCUGGAGCUGUGCCGCGGAAUCAAGGGAUUCACCAGGGCCUCCGUCGACUUGGGUGGUCCGCCGCCGAUGCCAGGAAUGCGGGUGAUGGAGCAGCCGGAGCGCAAUGAGAUUCUAGAGGGCCUUCGCCUGAGCCUGACCGACAUGACCAAGCAGUAUCAGUCCAUGUCGCUACUCAUCGACAGCAUCGCCAAGCGGCAGCGCAAGAGCAAGCUGGAGUCCGAUCUUCGCCAGGUGGAGCAGGACAUUCUGCUGAUCGAGACCACUCCCAUUAUCUACGUUUCCGAGUAUUAGCUGAUGUCAUUCAUUUACUUUUCUUUUU